AUGAGCGGCGCUCCCGGCGGGCCCCGGCCGAGGACCCCGCCGAGCCGCGGAGCCGCGGCCGCCCCGUCGCCCCGGCCGCCCCCCGCCGACCCGCUGCGCCAGGCCAGCCGGCUGCCCAUCCGCGUCCUGAAGAUGCUCAGCGCCCACGGCGGCCACCUCCUGCACCCCGAGUACCUCCAGCCGCUCUCCUCCACGCCCGUCAGCCCCAUCGAGCUGGACGCCAAGAAGAGCCCGCUGGCGCUGCUGGCCCAGACCUGCUCGCAGAUCGGGAAGCCCGACCCGCCGCCCUCCUCCAAGCUGAACGCCGUGGCCGCCGCCGCGCCCGCCGCCGACAAGGAGCCCUCCGCCCGCCCCGCCGCGCUGAAGCCGCCGGGCUCCGGGGACGCGCCCGCCGAGGACAAGUCGAGCUUCAAGCCGUACUCGAAAGGCGGCGGGGAGCCCCGCAAGGAGGGCGGCGCGGACAAGGCCGGCUUUCGGGUGCCCAGCGCCGCCUGCCCGCCGUUCCCCCCGCACGCCGCCGCCUCGCCCGGCGGCUCCCGCGGGGCCUCGCCGCAGCACCCCGACCCCAAGGGAAGCGAGGAGAAGAAGGAGCCCGAGGGCGGCAAGCCCAGCCCCGAGGGGACGGGCGGGGCGCUGGGGCGCGGGGCGGUGGAGCCCGGGGCGCACGGCGAGCCCCCUUCGGGCCGCAAGUCGGAGCCCCCCGCGCUGCCGCCCGCCGGCCAUGUGGCCCCCGUGUCGCCCUACAAGCCGGGCCACUCCGUCUUCCCCCUGCCGCCCUCCAGCAUCGGCUACCACGGCUCCAUCGUGGGCGCCUACGCCGGCUACCCGUCCCAGUUCGUGCCCGGGCUGGACCCCACCAAGCCGGGGCUGGUGGGCAGCCAGCUGCCGGGGGCGCUGGGGCUGCCGGGCAAACCGCCCAGCUCCAGCCCGCUCACCGGGGCCUCGCCGCCCUCCUUCAUGCAGGGAUUAUGCCGGGACCCGUAUUGCCUGAGCUACCACAGCGCCUCGCACCUGGGCUCCAGCAACUGCUCCAGCUGCGUGCACGACCCCGGCAGCCUCAAGAGCGGAUACCCCUUGGUGUACCCCACGCACCCCCUGCACUCGGUGCACACCACGCUCUCCUCCAGCGGCACCCCCAGCCUGCCCGGCCACCCCCUCUACACCUACGGCUUCAUGCUGCAGAACGACCCCCUGCCCCACAUAUGCAACUGGGUGUCUGCCAGCGGACCCUGCGACAAGAGGUUUGCCACCUCGGAGGAGCUGCUCACGCACCUACGGACCCACACGGCCCUGCCGGGGGCCGAGAAACUCUUGGCGGGUUACCCUACCUCCGGGCUGGGCUCCGCGGCCUCCUGCCACCUGCACCUCCCGCCCGCCGCCCCCGGCAGCCCCAGCACGUUACCGGCCUCGCUCUCCUUGAGGAGCCCACACACUUUGGGACUAAACAGGUACCACCCCUACGGCAAGAGCCACUUGCCCACGGCCGGCGCCCUGCCCGUGCCCUCCUUGCCGGCCGCCGGACCUUACUACUCCCCGUACGCGCUCUACGGCCAAAGACUCACGUCAGCCUCGGCUCUGGGAUAUCAGUAACGCCCGGCUCAGCCCCAGCCCCCGCGCCCUCCGUGGACUCUGUAUUUAUUACUGUAUGUUAGCUUAAAGCUGGGAAUAUAAGUGCAUUAUACACCAAUGAAUCAAUGGUAUGCAAAAGUCUGUGUCCAAAAAAAAAAGAAAAAAAAAAACAAAAAAACACCCCCAAAAAAAGAGAAAAAAAAUCCCCCCUCUUUACUUUGCAGGUGUGGGGCUUUGAUUUUUUCCCCUUCUGUUUCUUUGGAAUUUUUUUUUUUCCUUCCCCUUCUUAAUUUUUCCCCUGAGAAAUUCUUGCAUGACUCCUGCCACACAUGGAAAAGCAAAAAAAAAAAAAGGCAUUUUCCUCCUCCUCCCCCUCUGCGUUUAUCGCUCUGGGAUUCUGUUCUCUGCGUUUGUAACUCGCAGAUGUAAUUUUUUUUUGUAAUUUUUUUCCUUGUUUUUAAUCUUUGGGGUUUUCAAUUUUUUUUUUCCUUU